AGAGACUUGGCAGCUUCCUAAGCCCAUCUUUCCCUGCUCUCCCCGGCUGGCAGGGAGCCCCGGGCAGCUGCAGGCGGCAGACAGAGCCGGGACACGCCUGGCACCGAGUGGGACUGACCAAGCAGGCAAUUGCUGACAGGACAGGAUCCCAAGCAGCGUCGUCCGGGAAGACAGAGGGCGUCCGGGCUGGCGGGCGUCGCGGGAAAUGUUAGAUUAAACCCGAGCUGGGGGAGAGACAGGUAACUGCAAUCUCCUCCCUGCACUCACAGCGGAUGGCACUGGGAUUAUUACGGAUGGCUGGCCUGAUGGCAGCAUGCUCUUGACCCCUUGGGGCUGCCUCCGAUCCCCGCGCUCCCGGAGUGGGAGGCUGGCAGCCGGAGCUGCGACUCUGGGGGUGCCCAGGGGGAGUGUUAGAAGUUCUGGGAGCAGCUCUACCGACCUUCUCUCUCUGCCCCCCACCACCCACCUCUGAUCCCAGUCCAUCGCGCUCUCUCAGCACCUCCCAGUGCCUGCUGGGACUGGUGGAGAGCCCCUGGCGUGUGAGUGACCCCUUGCCACCAACUUCCUGCCAUGGCCUCGUCGGAUGGGCUGCAGUACCGGGCGCUCUACGAGUAUAAGAAGGACCGGGAGGAGGACCUGGCGCUGUGCCCCGGGGACCUGGUCACUGUCAGCAAGGCGGGACUGCUGGGCACGGCCGACUACAAGGAGGGGGACGAGAGGAGCCCCAAGGGCUGGCUGAACGGCUUCAACGAGCGCACCAAGGAGCGGGGCGACUUCCCGGGCACCUACGUGGAGUACCUGGGCCCUGUGAGGAUUGUGGCCACCGCUCUCAAGGCUCGGCCCAGGCCUGUGCCCCCCACCCCCACCAGCCAGCUGUGGGGACCCGCUGGGCAGGCCGAGGUUGCAGAGUUAAGACUCCCUGAGCAAGCACCUCUGGUUGUAAUGAGACUCAUUGAAGCUUUGGAAAACCAAGGCAUCGACAAUGAGGCUCUUUACCGAGCCCCUCCUGGCUCCUUCAGCAACCCUGAGCUCAAACAGGCUCUUCUGACAGAUGCAGCAGCUGUAGACAUGGACCCGUUUGAUGGGCAGACGUUGGCUGAGGCACUGAAGUGGUACCUCCACGAUCUCCCGUGCCCUGUGAUCCACCCAGCAAUAUACAGCGAAUUAAUCUACACUGCUCAAGAAACCCAGAGCCUGGAAGAGUGCGGCCAGCGGGUGAAGAUGGUCCUGGAGUCGCCCACCUUCCCCCAGCAGCAUGGCCUCCUCCUGCAGCACCUCACCAGCCAUUUCUGCAAACUGGGUCAGAACAGCAGCAAAAGCCACCUCACCCCCAGGGCCCUGGGGGAGCUCUUCGGCGAGGUGCUUUUCCGCCCACCUGCAUCAUGCACGGACGUGAACUCAGAACACCAUGCAAAGAUCAUCGAGGCUCUCAUUGUGGCUGGAGGCGUGGCCGAGAUGCAAGCUGCACCCGCUCUUCCUCCAAAGCCCCCAAAACCGAUGACUCCGAUCAACAUGAAUGGAAUAAAGGACAAUUCCAGUUUCUCGCUGCAGGAUGCAGAGUGGUACUGGGGGGAUAUUUCAAGGGAGGAGGUAAAUGACAAAUUACGAGACAUGCCAGAUGGAACAUUUCUGGUGCGCGAUGCAUCAACCAAGAUGCAGGGAGACUACACUCUGACAUUGCGGAAGGGUGGCAACAACAAACUGAUAAAGAUUUAUCAUCGGGAUGGAAAAUAUGGUUUUUCUGAUCCAUUGACAUUUAACUCUGUUGUGGAGCUGAUUAACCACUACCGCCAUGAAUCUCUUGCCCAGUACAAUCCUAAGCUUGACGUGAAGCUGAUGUAUCCAGUAUCCAGGUAUCAACAGGAUCAGUUGGUAAAAGAAGAUAACAUAGAUGCAGUAGGUAAAAAGCUUCAGGAAUACCACUCUCAGUAUCAGGACAAGAGUAAAGAGUAUGACAGACUAUAUGAAGAAUACACCAGAACAUCACAGGAAAUUCAGAUGAAGAGAACUGCAAUUGAAGCAUUUAAUGAAACCAUUAAAAUAUUUGAGGAACAGUGCCACACACAAGAGCGAUACAGCAAAGAAUACAUUGAACGAUUCCGCAGAGAGGGGAAUGAGAAGGAAAUCGAACGAAUAAUGAUGAAUUACGAGAAAUUAAAAUCACGCCUGGGAGAGAUCCAUGAUAGUAAAAUGCGUCUGGAGCAGGAUUUGAAGAAACAAGCUCUGGACAAUAGGGAAAUUGAUAAGAAAAUGAAUAGCAUCAAACCCGAUCUUAUCCAGCUACGCAAGAUCAGAGAUCAGUAUCUAGUAUGGCUCAAUCACAAAGGAGUGAGACAGAAGCGAAUAAACGACUGGCUGGGAAUCAAAAAUGAAAAUAUUGAUGAUACUUACUUUGUGAAUGAAGAAGAUGAAAACCUGCCACAUUAUGAUGAGAAAACUUGGUUUGUUGGGGAUCUCAACCGUAUCCAAGCAGAAGAUUUGCUCCGUGGGAAACCUGAUGGAGCUUUUUUAAUUCGAGAGAGUAGCAAGAAAGGAUGUUACGCUUGUUCUGUGGUAGCUGAUGGCGAAGUUAAACACUGUGUGAUCUACAGCACUCCAAGGGGCUAUGGGUUUGCAGAACCAUAUAACCUGUACAGCACACUUAAGGAAUUAGUCCUUCAUUACCAGCAGACAUCCCUCAUUCAACACAACGAUUCCCUAAAUGUCAGGCUCGCCUAUCCUGUCUACGCACAGAUGCCCUCCUCCCUUUGCAGAUAAAUUCUGGGGAGGGGGAAAGUGUUGGCUAUCUUGGAUUCUUUUCUACAGUUUUUAUUAGAACUCUGAGGGCAUUCUUUCUCCUUAGACUGCUUGUUUUGCACAAGAAGUGAUUCUGUGAAUGUGAAUCAAAGAGGCCUAGCAGCAACAAGACGACAACUUGGGUGUAGGUGUCCUGGUGCUACCUAAAGCUCAGCUAUGCUUUUACACUGAUACUUGUGUUUCCUUCCGGGGGGAAUAAACUCAACAUAAACACAUCCAAAAAACUGGAAGCAAAACAUUUUAUGGAGAUGAUUUUUUGCCAGGCACCUUCAGCAGAACUUUUAAUUGGGAUUUUUUUUCUUGUUCUUGUGGAGACAAUUUUGAAGCCUCUAUUGAGGCAUCAGUAAUGUCUUUCAGUCUUAAACUCCAAGAAACUAGGGGGGGAAACUCUACCACAGCAAUGCUCUCUGUUAAUUUUAGCAGCUUCACUGCGAUUCAGCCGAACUUCCAAAUGAGGGCUUAUCUUGAGGAGGCAUGGAAUUUGGUGAGAGAAGACCAAAGGAAUUAUGGGAAAGUUUCAGGUUGUUAUUUAAAAGGAAAAAAAUCCUUAUAAAGAAAAGUUGCUUUAUUUUUUACCAACAGUAACAAAGUUUUGGUUUCAACGGCACUACAGGUCUUCGCUUAAAGGAAAUGUUUAUAACCAAAUUGAACCCACCAAAACUUUGUUCGUUGCUGGAUUGAGCACUUAUGGGGGAAGGUUGCGUUAGCAUCCGCACAUACUUUCUACACCAAAACUUGAAACAAAUAAAAGGAAAAGCUAAAACUUUUUGUGUGGUUUUGAAAACUCUGAUCUGUCUGAAUUGAUGUAAUUGUUCCUCCUUCCUCUCCCCUCCUCCGUUUUUUCUUUGUUUUUUUGUUGUUGUUUUGGGACACUUCUUUCCAAGUCUUUUAGAUACUAUUCUUUGGAAUGUAAACCAGAAUGAAGCUGGCCACUCAUGUUUUGUGAGUUCUGUUGCUGAUUGAUGAACUAUUCUUUUGAAACCCUUGUAACAUUUUUGUAAUGUAAGUGUAAAGAAAAGGUGCAAUUCAGUGCUUCUGGAUGGCUUAUUAUACCAAAUAAUUACAUGAAGACCGGUCCUCAGAUUUUUUCUAUUAUAAAUAGUAUGCUAAUUCGUACCAAUGCCCUUUGACUUGUUCACCGUGAACCAGAUUCUGAUUUCUGUUACUCCACUGAAGUCAGGUACUCAAGAUUUUAUGCUAGUAGAAUCCAGUUCCACUACGUAUAGCCGUGUUUAGAGUUGGGCAAUAAUAAAUUAACCUGCAUUUAUUUGUAAACACAGCAGCCAGUUAAGUAGUAGCCAAAGCAGGAAGUGGAUUGUCUGCUACAAGACAGGCAUAGACUAUUCUAAAAACUACAGGUUCUCUUGUGCCAUCUGCUGAAGUAUCUGAUACUGUCAGAUGCUAGGUAGGCAAAUCCUGGGUGCAACUUGGUACAGCAGUCCUGUAUUCCUAAAAUGCUUAAGCCAAGGAAUAAUUGCAUUUGAGAGAUGUAGGUUAUCCCCAUUAUGUUUUGACUCAGUAUUUUGAUUUGCUCCUACUGAGUCUCUACAAUGGAAAACUAAAUUAGGUAAGAGUAACUUUGUUUGGCAACAAAGCACAAGUGGCAAAGUAAUUAUUCAGUAUGUGGUCUUAGAAUUUAAUUUUUGCUGUUUUUAGUGGUAGCAUUUUGUUUUAUACUUGCUGUAUGUAAAUUGCCCAGGCAAGGAAACAGUCUAGUGGUUAAGACACAGGCCUGCAAGUUGGGAGCCCUUGGGUCUGUUCCUGACCCUGUCACUGACUUCUUGUUUGAAUUUGAACCAUCUGUAAUCCCUGAGGAAUAGUGGCAAGGUUGUUGAGGCUUAAUUAAUGUUUACACUGAGAAAUCAUCAAACAAAAGCACUAUAAAAUAUUGUUAAGCAGAGCAUUAUUUAUUCAUGAGUAGGGACAUGACAGAUCUUGAACACUGAUAAAUAGUGGAAAGGACAAUUUAGAUUGCUUGGCAUGUCCAAGCAACACUUUAUUUUACACUAAUGUGCCGCUGGUUAACCAGCUAGAAUGUGGUCUUCAAAUGAAGAAUUGUCAAGGUUUAGAAAGCCCCACAAACUGAAGCUCGUGUGAAAGGAAAAUGAGACUAACACAAGGCUCCAUGCCAAAUGACCCAGUUUCCCCUGGUUGGCUACUACGUUGCUGGGAAAAUGUCUGCCCCAUUCAGUAAAAACCUAGAUUCACUGCUCCCGUUGUAGGUCAGAAAUGGACUUUUUUUAAAUGAAAGCAACUUGCCACAUCCCUUGAGUUAUGGGUAAUCUGCUGACUGCAAAGCAUCAUUCUCAUCCUUUAUCUCUUGCCCUUCCAGCAUUCUCCUCACCAUUGGAUUCAAUCUAGAUUACACAUAUAUUGGGUAGAUUUUUCAAAGGCACAGAUAGCAGUUAUUUACUGUCUGUGCCUUUGAAAAUCUACUGCAUUACAUCAUGGGUCUUCUCUUACUUCCACCGGAAACUCUAGUAGAGUCAAUGUUAUUCCUCAUUCUGUGCUCCCACUGGUGAGAAUCUGUGAAGUGUCUUGCUAUCUGAACUGUGACAUAGUUUCAUAUUAACCAAGCAAAGGUCAAUUAUCAGACUAAAUCCCAGCUCCGUUUCUCAGUGGCAGUGGUGCAGGAAGUAGAACUACUUCUGAAGCUUCCUUGUAGUUGAAUCUCAAUGAGCUUGUGAUGUUGUAGGCCAGAUUCCACUUUUGGUUAUGCCUGUAUAAAUUCAGAGUAAUUCCAUUGGCUUCUGUGAAGUGACUUUGGCUUUACAGUGGGGUAUGAAUGAACUCAGAAUCUGCCGACCCCCUCCCCCACCCUUUCAAAUUUCUUCACCCAUCACAGGUGCUGCAUUGUUAUGAGCAAUACAUCCAGAAAGCUAAAAGCCAUCUAGAAGCAUUUUAAUUCUUUUUCCCCCUAAAUUUCAGAUUAGGACUGUGUUCAAAUUAAAACCUAAAAGUUCUUCACUUUCUCCAUCCCUAUCUCUCUGACUCCUGAUUUGCCCAUGUGCCUUUUUGCACUUGAUUUAGGCACACAAGUUACAGCUUGUUAGUGUUUUACCCAUUUUAUGGUAACACAUGCCAUUGCACACCUCCUUUUUGCCUCAGUUUUUGCACUCAUGUGGCAAGUGAAAUAUGGGUAUAAAACCAAGUGAAAUAUAUAGCAGGUAUAAUUCACUAGGGGGCCUCCUCCUGCUCCCAGUCACUCCAGUUGGCCUGAUCCUGCUCACUCACUGGUAUAAAACCAGUGUAACCCUGUUACUCCCCACAGAGCCAUUCCUCUCAAGAUUGAAAGCGAAAUUGGGCUCAAUAGAUGCAGGAUUGGUCCCUAGUAUCUGCUGUUAGCAAGCUUAAAAGAAAUGUAUAAGAGAGAAGGUAAGGGCAAAAGGAGGAGUAAAAUCCAAUGAUUUUAAAAAAAACAAACAAGCCAAUAUGUUCAUGUGUGAAGAGAGUGCAGAAAAGUUCUGGUUUCAAGGGUCAAAAGAUGGGGAACUUAUGCUCAGUUUAUUGGAGCAGCCAUUUCUUACCUGACUGCAGCUAGAAUAGUACUGAUCUCACUGACCCAUGUUGUAUUAAAUAUAUAUAUAGAUUUUAAAUAACUUUUUUUUUGCACAGUGUUAAAUAGGGGAAACGAUAUUGAGACUUUCUAAUAUGCACAGUUUCUUCUAUCUGUUUGAAGUAUAUUUGCAGGGAACAGGGGUGAUUCAGUAUUUUGCUUUUUCACAAAUGGGGAAACCAGAUCUACUUCCACAGUUGCCAUUGUGCCCAUUGUAUGCAGCACAUCAGCCAAGAACACCAUGUUGCUGAGCUUCCAACUCUCCUCCCAUUAGUUCCUUUGCCAGUCACAUGUCUUACUGUGAACAAAUGGGGGGUGAUAGGACGAGUUGGUACGAUGCAGUUUGAGGAUGCUGCAAAGUUUUCCCAAAGAGCACAGAUGCAGCCUAAAAACAAGGGUGUCUCAUUGAGUAUUUGAACCAGCGUGUAAGAGAAUAUGAACAUAUAUGGUGGUGCAUUUUCCAGUUAAAGAGGGAGAGAAAUUGUCUAAACUAUUUCUGUGUCUGGAAGUGAUGGCGCAAUGCCUGCCAUGUACCGCAUGUCCCCUAGGUCUGUACUGGGUUCUGAGGCAGUGCAAGUCUUCUCUCUGCGCCAAGAUCAAACAUGGUUUCUCCAUGUGCGCGCACACUUCCAAAGGUGACUGAGGGAGAAAAGGAAUUCUCAAUCAAACUAAUGAGCCUGAUUCUCUUCUCACUUACACCGUUGUAAGCAAGAGAUUCCAUUGAAGAAAAGCUGUGCAUGUGAAAGGAGAAUCAAGCCCAUCUGCUUUACAUGAUAUCCAAAUUUCAGGCUGCACUCAUGUCACAGAAGGACAGAAAUCAAAGCAAAUCUUGGCCUCUUUAAAGCCAAGCAGCUAUAAUGGAUACUGUGGAAAUAAAUGUUGAAGCUUUCAGUGCAGUUGUAAGGGCUGGGGGGAAUAUUGGUUGCCCUAACAUUGCUCUGUGUGCAACUUGGAUGGCAACAUGUCCAGUAACUUAAUGCUAUGGCUGUUUAAAACAGCAGAAUUACUAAAGGAGUGUCACAGUUUUAAAUUUUGGAAAAGCCCCUUAUAUUUGGUACUUGAACAGUCUCUUUUCUGUUGUUUGAAUGUUUUUGUUUUUUUUCUUUAUACUAACAGGGAAGGAAAAUCUGAAAUGUUAGUGAAUCUUGUAAAUGUGCUGCAUUUUGCAGACAUAAAACAGGUACUUUUUUGUGGGUGGAGGGGAGGGUAAGAGACAGGUUCAAAAUGCAAUUUUAACAGCACUAUGGUGAAGUGAGGUUUUGUUUUCAUCCAUAUUCUAGAGUCCUACGUUCCUUUGUUUUCUCCCUACCUUAAUGUCUGCUUUGUGUACAGCAGAGUCAAAAUAUAUUCCUGAAAGAACAAAGACUCAUGCCAAUUUCUGCUUCAAAUGGCAAAUUUAAGUCAGAUGCACAAAGGCUUUAGUAAGUGAGAGAAUGAGUUGAAAAUCCAGGCUCAGCUUCUUGAAGAACUUAUGAUUAUAGUUUUGAGCAAGGAACAGACAAUGCCCUUGAACAGGACUCCUGUCUUUAUUCACAAAAGAUUAGACGCCAAAAUGAUUCUAGUCUCAAUUUUUGCAUAGAAAGCCUUGGAAUAAUUGGGUAUACGUUUGUAAGUAAGUGUGCAUGUGUGUGUUAAAAGCAGUUGGGAUAGUGAUGAAAGUCUUAAAGGACUUACUCAACUAUUUUUACAAAGAUCUCCUGUUUUGUAUUUGAAGGAACCUUGCAUUGCUGUCCCACUAGUUUCCUUUUGGCACAAUCUGUGCCAGCAAGAGGAGAGAACAAAGCCACGCCAUCUUACCCAAAUAAUACCAGGAUGUGUUGGUAAAGCAAUACUGCUAAUUAGUCUGUGUAGCAGGAGUAUGUUUUGACAGUGCUAUAGAAAAGUUUGUCCAAACUUUUGCAAAGCUUACGUUCUGUGGCCAGAAAUAUUUUCUGUGGGAGGGGAGGGAAGAAUUUUGAAAGCCCUUUAGAGGCCGUACCAUUUCUUCCACAGGACUAAGAUUCAGGAUUAUCAGUGUGUUUUUGUGAGUUGUUCUAGAAGAUGAUGGUGCUUAAAACACUGGUCUUUGGGGCUGGCUCCAUACGUUUAAUGCAACUCGCCUAUUCUUCACUUUUGGCAGUAGACCCACCCCCAUUCUGUGGCUAAUGCAAAUGUAACAUUGGUUUAGAAUUUGACUUAAAAUACUUGGCAUGCAGGCUUCUGCAGCAAAUUAAGUACAGGCGUCUGUUCUAUUUGGUCAACAGAAAUAACGGUUCUCUCUGAUCAAUCAGUAUGAGACAACAUUUUCAGUUAGGCGUUUAUUUUAAAUUUCCUCCGAUUUUUUACCAUCAGAUGUUGCUUUUGGAAUAUUGGCUUUAAUAAGUGAGAGUGUUUUGGUUUUUUUUUUUUUCUGUAAAUUCACCACCACUCCAUUAAAUGUGCUUGCUGGGUGGUGUAGUGGUCACAGAAUGGGCUUGACUUCACAAUUGUGUUAAAAAUGACAUAGCAAUGGCCAGGGACCAAAUUAACCCCCUGGUAUAAAUCUAUUAACUUCAGUGGGGUUAUUUACCACCCCAUUUAUGCCAGCAGUGAAAUUAGCCCUGGGAAUCAUCAUUGAAGUACAAUGUAUGUAGAUUGUUUUGUUGGAUGAUUGUUUGUUUGUGUUUGGUUUGUUUUUUUUUCUGGUUUGGGUUUGUUUGUUUGGUUUUUGUGAGUUACUCAUACAUCAAAUAAGAAUACAGUUGACUAAACCUGUUAAUUUUGUAUGUUUGGCAGUUUACAGCACCAUGGGAUUGUAACAGUCUGCAUCAUAUCUGUGUGUGUGUGUAUGUACUGUAUGUAUAUAGCUCUAUGUAAAAUAUAUUCACAUACACAUUUAUAUGCAUUAGCCAUAAGUGGCACUGGCCCUUAAAACUAAAACAAAAUUCACUAUUUGCACGUUUUUACACACAUUUAGACAAAGUUGGGUUUGUUUUCUUCAAAUGAAAGGGGUUUAUCAGGAACAUCUUGACAAUGUGCUUUUGAGAGUCUACACUAUGGUUUUGUUUUUUUGUUUGUUUUUUUAAAUUGGAUUGUUUAGAGGUUUUUUUAAUUAUUUACUCUGGGACAAGAGCAUUAAAAUGUGUUCAAAGCAAAGGUUACUUUUAAAAUUACCUCUUGUUUUCCUUCAAGAUGCAGUAAUGUUUGCAUGUUUUCAAUCAAUCUAACCAAACUCCUGUCUAGAACUAAUGUGCAAAGGAGGGUAACAGUAUGUCUCACGUUGUGAAUGCACUGGUUAGAUGAAGGCGUGUCUCGGUGUAAACCGUGAGUGUAGGUUUGGUUUUUGUAGUCAGGACUGAAAUGAUAGCACACGCUCCUUUUGUAUAACCUUUGUGUUAAUGUUGUUGCAUUGUUUUAAAAUGUUUUUUUUUUCUUCCAAGAGAUACUGCCUCUGUUUAGAACCUGCUUCUCAUGGAGCUGGUGGAGGGCGGGGGGUGGUUGUUGUUUUCCUCCAUAUGAAUUCCAGCAUGUAACUUUUUGGUACUCUUGUUGUUAUUUGUGUAAAACCUGUUCUGUCGUUUAUGCUGUAGUUUAAAAAAAAAAAAAAAAGGAAUUUGUGUAGUUUAACUUUUAAAAAGAAACAAACUGCUUCAUAUGGAAACCAAUUGUAUGUUAGUGUUUUUGGACAAGUCAUACUGUAGUUUCUAGAUCAGUAAUGCAACAUUGUACUUGUCACCAGAUGUGUUACGAUUUUGCUGUAUUUUUUUAAUAGAUGGUUGGGCUUUUAAAUCCCAGACACUAAACAUCCUGGGCCUACCUGCUCUAGAUUUAAACAAAAAAAAAUGCAAUAAAAAAGUUGCAAUAAAGCACAUUUACAUGUAAUGUUUUAGAAGGAUGUACUGACAGCUGUUUCUAAUAAAUUCAGAAAUGCAGCCUAGCUGGCAUGUUGUGGUGUUAGCUGUGUGUGUUUCUCCUGGUUGAGGCAGUGAAAAUGGAUUUUGUUUAAGGCUCAGUUCAAGACUAGAGUUUGUUUGUUGUGUUUUUGGUUGUUGCCAAAAUUGCACUAUGUCUCCAAAAUCCUAAGCAAUUUAAACUCCAGUUAACAAAUACACACUUCAGCACUGCUUCAUUUGGGUGCCUGAAACAAGACCUCUCGCCUGACUUGGCAAGAGAUCCAGCAACAGGGCAUUCACUGAAAGUGGUGUAAAAGCAAUGGUUCUAGCUAGGCUAUACGGUCCCACAACAACUCUACAUUCCUUGUACAAUUUCACAUGGAUCCUGAGACUAUGGUACUGAACAAUUUCCUUGCAUUUACAAUCUCUUCAGAGAUAACCAAUUUAGAUCAGUUUUCAGAGUAGCAGCCGUGUUAGUCUGUAUCCGCAAAAAGAACAGGAGGACUUGUGGCACCUUAGAGACUAACAAAUUUAUUUGAGCUGUAGCUCACGAAAGUUUAUGCUAAAAUACAUUUGUUAGUCUCUAAGGUGCCACAAGUCCUCCUUUUUCUUUUUAAUUUAGAUCAGAGAUUACAACGUAGCAAUAGCACUAGUAAAUGAAAUCACUCUCUCGGCAUGUUUGUUCUUUAAUUCUCCCUUUCUUCAGUUCAGUUAUGGUCCCUUUCCAUAGGUCAUGGAGACGUCAGACAUGUUCAUGGGUGCCUGAUCAUUUCCGAAACAUCAGUCUAGUGAUUCAGCUCUGAUUUGGGGCUCUAGAAAUAGCAGGGAGAGGCUUGAGCAUCUUUAACCCGAUACCCAAGCUUCCCACUGAAGAAGCAGUAGUUUGUGGGCCUUAUUCUCCAGUCACACCACUUCCAUUCACUUUAAUAUAUAGUGUAAGUGUUGAAAUAUAACUGGGUUCUCUGGUUACUCAGUAACCAGCCAGAUCCUGCUGCCACUGAGAUCAAUGAGAGCAGAAUUGGGUCUUUGCAUUUCUCACACCUAACACACCCUCUUUGCCUGGAAUUGGCAAAGUGAAAUCUCUGGGAGCCUGGGCUUAUGUUCCUUAGUGAUUACAUCCGAACCCAUCACUGCCACUGCACAGGUGUGUACACUAAUAAUUACAUGGUGAGCUUCAAGACAGAGGCUCAUGCUUUGCUGCGUGUGUUCACUUUUGGCAAUGCUGCCAUUCCACAUCCACCUUGUGGUAAAUGGGCCACGGUCUUAUGCAGAUGGCUUUUAUAACCCCCAUUUUCUUGUUCAUGGAGGUUUUAUUAUAGAUGAGAAAAAUAACUGGCAACUUGCUAAUGGGGGAAGGGGAUUUGAGUCUGCAUCAAACACUAAGGGAGAGAGACCAGGCGGGUGAGGUAAUAUCUUACUGCAUCAGCUAAGUGACCAUUAAAAUCACCUAGGGAGGUGGGAAGAACUAACAUGAGUGAUCUUGGUUUGAUUUGAUUUUUCUCUCUCUCUCAAUAGUAAUACGUGGGAUUUACCAAAGCUAGGGGAAACAUUAUGCUGGAUGCCCCUGGCCUAAAUCUGGAGUGAUUCCAUUGAUUUCAGUGGUAUUACCUGUAUGUAACCAAUCAGAAUCGAGCCCUGUAGCGCUGACAGGGAGAGAGUUUAAAUCGAAUACAGCUGUUGACAAGUAUGCCUGGUAUUUCUCUUCACAGUUCUCUCUCAAGAUCUGCUUUUGGCUUGUUGGUAUCAUGCUGCCGUAUUGUUACAAGGUACAGUUGCAUCCAGUCGUUCAAUAGCUUGUAUUGGCUGUGUUUGACCUCCGUCCCGUGGAGGCAGAUCCAUGUACUACAUUGCCAUGACUCCGUAAUACUUGUCUGUCUUGCCGAAUUAAAAACCGAUAUUUUCCUGAG